AUGAUAGGAAGAGAAUCAGCCAAUGGAUCUGUUUGCUUUUGGGCACGCAUUGUCUUGAAGCAAAGUGCCAAGAGCUUGUUCAAUCCCGAGGAAAAAGAACAACUCUACAAAACGCAAGAUCUAGGUUUGGAGUUUGCAAGGAGUGUUUGUAUGAAAACCUAUGGAAGUUGGCUCUUGAUGCGAGAUCCUCUGAAUAAUCUUUACAUUUUGAAUCUCUUUACCCAACAGAGAAUCAAUCUACCUCCUUCGGAGUCGCAGCUUGGAAAGACAAAGAUGGAGCGACGACGUUACGGACUUCGUAUAAGAUCCCCUGUGUUUUGGAUUGACGAGAAAACCAAACAUUAUAUAGUUUUCUGGAGACUUGGAAGCAAAUGUGUGGUUUAUACCAAGAAAGGAGAUACCUCGUGGUUUCAAAUCCCGAAAACUUCAGGAUGUCGUGACUUGGUUUACAAGGAUCACACGCUUUACUUCUUAAGCAAAUCUGAUCAUUGUUUCAAAAUCGUCGAUUUUUCUGGAGAGAUUCCUCAAGAAACCUUUCAGCGUAGUGUUACUGUGAGAAGUCUCUCACAGAAUUUUCGGCUUCUUGAAACAAAACUUGUAGUCACGGUAACAGGAGAAGUCCUCAUGGUUGAGAAAUGUUCGACAUCCUUGUCUAACAGAUGGGCCUUCCGGGUUUCCAAGGUUUAUUCAUCCGGAUUACAUAACCGACACAAACCGAUUUAUUCUCUGGGUGACGAGUUAAUGCUUUUGGAUCAAGGCAUCACUGUCCUCGCCAACGACACGGAUGGAUUCGUUAGAAAUUCCAUCUAUUUCAGUGCUACUCGUGAAGCUAACAGACACUGCAUAUUUCUCUACGAUCUCGAGACAGGGAAGACGGAGCGACUGCACAAAAUUAAUUCUUCUUCAGUUCAAUUCUCUAGCGCUCAAUGGUUCUUACCAGUUAAAAGUGAUGUACACACAAAGAUGAACUUUUACUAA